GAGUCGUGGCCCCGCUCCCGACCGCAGCCCCGGCUGCAACUCCACUCCCAGCCAGGUCUCCAGCCCCAUCUUCACCCACCUUAGCCUGUCUGCGCCUCCGCACAGGAGUCACGGCCCCGCUCCGGACCGCAGCUUCGGGGAGUGGGGCGCGGACAGAGGGAUCCCAGCCACCCUGUUAGCCCCAUGGAGUCUGGCUGGGUGUUCCCAUGAAGGAAGGUCACAAGCUGAUGCUGUCUGGCUCUGUUUUUCCCUUGUGUCCUUGGCAGGGUUUCAUGAGAAGGAUGGCAAAGCCUAUUGCCGCAAGGAUUACUUCGACAUGUUCGCUCCGAAGUGUGGGGGCUGCGCCCGGGCCAUCCUGGAAAAUUACAUCUCUGCCUUGAAUACCCUGUGGCACCCUGAGUGCUUUGUCUGUCGGGAAUGUUUCACGCCGUUCAUCAACGGCAGCUUCUUUGAGCAUGAUGGGCAGCCCUACUGUGAGGUGCAUUAUCACGAACGCCGCGGCUCGCUGUGUUCCGGCUGCCAGAAGCCCAUCACGGGACGCUGCAUCACCGCCAUGGCCAAGAAAUUUCACCCAGAACACUUUGUCUGUGCCUUCUGCCUCAAGCAGCUCAACAAAGGAACCUUCAAGGAACAGAAUGACAAGCCCUACUGUCAGAACUGCUUCCUCAAACUCUUCUGCUAGACGCAUCCUAGCUGGGAACGGAGCAUCU